CUGAUACUGUUUCGCAAUGAUUUUAAUUAAACAUUUUUCUGGCGCAGUCCCCGUACGGGUAAAUAUAUCUUUGCCUACCACAAUGAUCGCCGUCGGUUCGGACUUGACGAUACCUUGUUCGGUGGACGGUUAUCCGAUACCCACUGUGACCUGGUACAAAGACGGGCAAAUACUACGAAACAAUGAACGAACUCAAGCGACCGAAAACAAGUUGGUCGUCGUCCGUACGAAUGCGUCGGAUUCGGGUUCUUAUAAAUGUGAAGCGUACAACUCGUACAGCUCCGACGAGAAAACCGUAAACAUUACAAUAGAAGGUGCGUACAGUAUAAUAAUAUUAAUAUAUAGCUUCAAGCAGUAUAAUACAUAAUGUCAUAUUAGGUAU